CACCCGUCUCUGUGAUGAAAAGAAUGAAGGGGUUGAGAGAAUGAUGGAGGCUAGAAGUGGGAGGUGUUAGAGGGGCAGGCAGGCCUACCUGUUGCAUAGAUGAAGGUCAGUGACAAACACAGGUAGAAAGGACAGAAGAAGAAUAGAGGGAGAAGAAUCAAGGUGUUUUUAAUGUGGCGUCACCAUGGUCUGACCACUGCUCCGCGACGAAGCGCCUGGAUGUGAAAAAGGAUUCACCUAUCUGUUGUCACCUGCACUCUCCACUCCUCUGUUGCCCUGAGUCCGAUGGCAAAGCGUGACCCGAACGAACCCCCUCCUCCUUACUACCCUAUUACUGUGCACUCAUUGCCCCCCCUCAAGCCCUACGACGAUGUAGCAUACGGGGUGGGCCCCGGCCUGACACCCCCCACCCAUCCACAUUACAUCGCCCAGUAUUCACCACCUGUGACUGUUCCGCAAGUCUCACACUCAGCCCACAGCCAUAAGAGGAGGAGAUGCUGUGAGAAUAAUGCCCAGUGUUACGGAGGGUCAGGGGGAGUUUUCCUGGUGCUCGCUCUGCUGGCACUGGCCACCUGGCUUGGAGUCCGUUACGGCACCAGGCUGGCGACCGCAGCGAUCCUGUUCGGUGAGGAGGAUUAUUACGGAGAAGAUAACUCUUUACCCAAGUACGACACCUGCCCCAACAAUACUGUCCAUUGUGAUGGAAAGAAAGACUGUCAACUGGGUAGCGACGAAACAAACUGUGUGGCAUUUGGUAAGGACAAUCGUCUGCUGGUCAAAACAUCUCAAGAUGGCCGCUUCCUACCAGUGUGCUACAGCGGCUGGGACCAGAGCUACGCUCAACAGACCUGUGCUCAGCUAGGUUUCGGAAAGCACUAUGCCACCAAUGCAAUGAAAUCUCAGGAGUCCAUUGCUUUAGAAUUGACCGAAAGAGCACCUUUGCCUAUCCAGAGUCUGGUGAAUGUCAGUUCUUCCUGUCCAAACCAGGAGAUCGUUUCCCUGCAGUGUGUGGACUGUGGUAAGCAGCAGUCUAGUUCCAAGAUCAUUGGGGGCAACUUAGCCAAGACAGGUCAGUGGCCUUGGCAGUUGUCGCUCCACUUCAGACAAUCCCACGUCUGCGGCGCAGUCCUGAUCUCCCCGGAUUUUUUGCUGACCGCUGCCCACUGCUUCCCGAGAGGCAACUCUUUGACUCUCUUAGCGAAGAACUGGAAAGUGUAUGCUGGAACGGUGUCUCUGAACAGUCUGCCUAAGUCUUAUCAUGUGAAGAGGAUCCUGCUCAACCAGAACUACAACAACAAGACUAACGACUUAGAUGUUGCUCUGAUCAAACUUAAAUCUCCAGUUGUUUUCAGCGAUAAAGUUCAACCAGUUUGUCUGCCAACAAUUGGCCAGACAUUUCCCCAAGGAACCAAAUGCUGGACCACUGGCUUCGGCGCCACUGUGGCAGGAUCAGGCACUGUCUCUAAUGAUCUGAUGGAAGUGACUGUGGACAUCAUUGAUAGACAAGUGUGUAACGGCCCCAGUGUGUAUGGAGGCAGAGUGAGCAAAAACAUGCUCUGUGCUGGUAAACUGGAGGGAGGCAAGGAUUCCUGUCAGGGCGACAGUGGCGGACCUCUGGUCUGUCAGUCUGACAGCCGUUGGUACUUGAUGGGGAUCACGAGUUGGGGGUCUGGCUGUGGAGAGAAAAACAAGCCCGGAGUUUAUACCAACGUCAAAAGUGUUCUUCCCUGGAUCUAUAGCAAGAUGCAGCAAGAGAAGCCGUGAUGUCCCUUUGUCUCCUGCGGGUGGAGUAGUAACCACCAACCCCCCUUCACCGAUGAACCCUGCACUAUGAAGUCGUCUCAGGGAGAUGGACGGACUAACUCGCAAAUAAACUAAAAUGGCAUGAAGAGGGCACACCUCCGCCAAGGCCCAACAGUCCCCUGAAAUUCCAUCAUACCUCAGGAAAUUGCACCCAUAGAAAUCAGUCCAAUCAGUUAAAUAUGCCAAAUUUUUGCAUCAAGAUCCAUGAUUUAUUCCCUUGGAAAUUUGUAAAAUCUGUAAAACAAACGUCCUAUCUCCCAAUGCUAUACAAUGUGGGGGGAAAUAUCCUGAAUUUCACCCCUUUCUCUGCAAAAUGUAAUGGGUUCUUUCUUAGUCUGUGUCCCAUCCUUCCAAGUUUAAUGCAAAACAAUGGACUUGGGUGAAAAGGUGUCCUCCUUGGCGGAGGAAAUGAAUUGAUGAGGAGAUGCUGUAGACAGGAAGGCACACAGAUGAAGGGGUUGGGGAGAAGCAACACGGCAAAAUGCACAAGCUCAACACAGGACUUCAAUCUUUCUCCAUUUUCUAUACUCAUUCUCCGUCACACAACUGUCUUGUGUACUGCCUGACCGUGAUUAUCAAUACACACCAUAAUCCAUGCAAUGACAUCCGUUCUCUUCAUACAUUUUUCCUCCUGUCCCUUGGUGUCUCCAUCAUACAGUGUAUACUUAUGUUUACCUACAGUGCGUGUUCAGUGGAACCUAAGGGUGGCUGGACCUUCUGUCCCCGUGUUCUGUGCCAAUGAAGCUGUCCACUGUACUGUGAUCUCUAAAACUGGUUUGAUAAUGAUACGCUUUACAAAAUGAUCGAUGAUUGUAGAGGUGUGUUCUUCCUCCUCAGGGACACAGCUCCUGUCUCUUACUUGUUAAUUGUUGUUUACCAUUCUAAAAUAAAAAACUGACACUUUAUGCAAUUCACUUGAAAAGAAAGAAAGCAGUGUGACCCUCGACCCCGCCUUUAAUAGGCUGGCACUCACACUGUGAAUUUAUUUUCAGAAAUUGUUUUCCUUUUAUGUUGUAUGUCAUGUUUAUUUUGUGUGGGUGUGUGUUCUCUGUGUCGUAUGUAUGUGGAGUUGCCAUGUUGUCUAUUUGUCUAAUGUAUGGGAUCAAUGAGUUUUUAACACUGAGCAUUAAAAAAAGAAUAAAGAUGAAGGAAAUUC